AUGUCGUGCUUUAAGAAUAUCUUUAGAAGAAGCAAAGAUUCGAGCCCAGAGCAAUCUGAUAUAGUAUCUCUUCUCUCAGGCCUGACUGUGCGCGCAGCUUUGCCACACCUUCGAGAGGUGAGAUUACGAGUGGUGGAGCUCCGCCAAAGACUGAAGUAUGCUGCAACACAAGUAAGAGAGGCAAGGAACCUCGAAGAGGUCGAGAGAGUGAAGAACAUUGCGGCAAGGCUCUCUGGUGAUCUGUACACAAGUAAACAGAAUAUGAGAUUGCUAUGCCAAUUUGUUCACGACGUACUAUGCCUAUCAACGGGUUUCUUUGAUGCGAGUAGAAAUGCGUCGGGUGAGGUUCAAUGGGCGAUGCGUUUUGUUGUCUUGUCAUGGAACGAGGCCUUUCCCGGUCAUGUGGUUGCCCAAGCGGAGGAAGCGUGGUGCCAGUUCACUUCGUUCUCGGCAACCCGUCUUUUGCCUUCUCCACUCCAAGCACUUACUCUUUUUUUUGUUCUCAAGCACCUCAGCGUUAAAAAAGUGCCGUUUAGUGUGAUACUUCUUACUGCACUGAGACCGCUCCUUCGCCGUGCGCCGCAAGCACCACCAUUUUUUACAUGGAGUGACAUCGAGGUGGAUCCUAAAUGGCGCAACAUCGAGUAUGUUAAGGAAGCGCUGAAGGCUCUCCCCAAUCUUCCGAUCUCCUUUCUGGAGAUAUUACGAAUGUUUUAG